UGUUUGAGCCAUUUUUGAUUGACGCAUGAAGCGGAGGUAUGAUCCUCCAGGGAGCACAGCCUUGCUCGUCUCCUCAGUGCCGCCCUCCCUCUCUCGCAACCCGGCUUCAGAUCGUCUCACAAGGCGCUGAGUUCAGCGUCUCGGGAGCCGCUCCUCGACCUUCAGCCGACUGAAAAUAUUAUCACUCUGUCGUUUUGGUGCAAACGGGAUAGGGAAUUAGCUAAACCUGGGUCAUUUUGUCCAUUUCUACGGAUGGAUUCAACCUCGAAUGACUUGGCGAGUGACGCGGAGAAGAGCAGCUCGGAGCCCGGGAUGGUGGAGGCAGAGAAUCCGAUGCUCGGUGGGGAGCGUUUGACCCCGGGCUCAUCCAGCUUUGGCAACAGCAAAGGUUCAUCAACAGCCGUGAAGAAGACACACUCAUCUCAAAUUGAAAUCAUUCCCUGUAAGAUCUGCGGAGACAAAUCCUCUGGAAUCCACUAUGGAGUGAUCACCUGUGAGGGCUGCAAGGGUUUCUUCCGGCGCAGUCAGCAGAGUAACGUCACCUACUCAUGUCCUCGUCAGAAGAACUGCCUGAUAGACAGGACGAGUCGCAACCGCUGUCAACACUGUCGUCUACAGAAGUGUCUGUCUGUGGGGAUGUCUAGAGAUGCCGUGAAAUUCGGUCGAAUGUCUAAGAAGCAGCGGGACAGUUUGUACGAGGAGGUUCAGAAGCAUCGUCUUCAGCAGCAGCAGAGUCCACUGUCCCCUCCGGACCAAGCAGGUCACGAUGCAGACGAGCUGUCGCGUAGCUAUGACCUCACAUCCAGCAAUCUCACAGAGCUCACCGAAGACCUGGGUGUGUACCUGGACCAGGACUCGGCGGCGGAGGGAUCGCUGUCAUCAAAGGGGGACUCUGAAGGCGGUGUAAGAGAAGAGGAGGCAGGCCGAUCUUAUCAUGACCUCCAACCAUCCCCGGAUCAGUCGGGCCUGGAUAUAAACGGAAUCAAACAGGAAAAUUUGGGCGACCUCAGACCUGCUAAUGGUCUCAUUCGCUACCACUCCUCCAGUGAUGGGGAGACGGCAACAGCAGAGAUCGAUUGGCUGAUCCAGGUUGUAUCCAAGUCUCACCUGGAGACGUGCCAGUACCUGAAGGAGGAACUGCAGGAGACAGGCUGGCAGAAUUUUCUCCAGGAGGAGGUUCAGAGCUACCAGAAGAAACCCCGCGAGGUGAUGUGGCAGCUGUGUGCGGUCAAGAUCACAGAGGCCAUCCAGUACGUGGUGGAGUUUGCCAAACGGAUCGACGGCUUUAUGGAUCUAUGCCAGAACGACCAGAUAGUUCUUCUGAAAGCAGGGUCCUUAGAGGUGGUGUUUGUUCGGAUGAGUCGCAUGUUCGACACGCAGAACAACAGCGUUUACUUUGAUGGGAAGUUUGCCAGCACGGAAGUCUUCAAGUCUUUAGGUUGCGAUGACUUGAUCACGUCGGUGUUUGACUUUGCCAGAAGCUUGAGUUUGCUGCAGCUGAAUGAAGAGGAGUUGGCUCUUUUCUCUGCGUUUGUUCUCUUUUCGGCAGACCGGUCGUGGCUGCAGGAGGCUCUGCAGGUGGAAAAGCUGCAGCAGAAGACUCUGUUGGCUCUUCAGCACGUCCUGCAGAAGAACCAGAGAGGAGACGGAGUGAUGGACAAGCUCAGGCACAAAGUAUCAACGCUGCGAUCGCUGUGCAGUCGCCACACGGAGAAGCUGUUGGCGCUGCGAGCUCUCUACCCCGACAUUGUCCACACACUCUUCCCUCCUCUUUAUAAGGAGCUUUUUGGAGCAAACCAGGAAGUGAUGGUGCAACCGGCUGACUGAGUGGAAGGUGAACACAGGAACAACCAGUCAAGCACUGUAUGGAUGGACGCUGAUACGGAACAAGGACACUGCUCCACUUAUCGGAGCCACUAAUUUCUCUUUAACAUUCAUAAAUCAUAAACCGGUAACUGAGGUUUGGAAGAAAGUUUUUCAUGUGUCUCAACACAACACUGUUGAAUUACUCAGAUAGUCUGUAUUUGGUGCAAGAUAAAAACAUUUUAGUGGCUGCCAACUAGUUAGCAGUUGGUUUAUUGUUAGGUCGGUUUAGUUCUUAUCUUUUUGAUGAUUCAAAUUUAAGUUUUUAUACUUAUCUAAAUGUCAAUGUUCAGUAUUAAAACAUUGACUAGCUUUAGGACCAGAUUUACGUAAUUGUGGAAGAAAGGUUUGAAAUCGAUUACCUGAGCAACAGAUUCAGACUUUUUCAACAGUUGUCUUCCACAUUUCUCGCAAAAGUCCGAGUGAAAAGACACAGUUAUGAUUUUCUCGGCUGACUUCCGCACAGAUCUCUCAGGUGAGCGUGAUGUCAUAUGCAUUCUGUCAUUAAUACACUCAGUAUGAUUCCUUACUGUAGCACAUAAUUAUAUGCAAAAUGUAAAAGUCAACCAUCUGCUAUGCAGCCAGUGAAGGACUUAGCUUGCAGCAGCGGCGCAAUAUUUUUCAAUUUCACAUGAGCACAAUGAAUUCGAAUUUGAAGACGUUGCAUGUUUUAAGAUAUCAAAACACCACCAUCUAGUGGCUAAGAUGAAAAACGCGUACUGUUUUAUUCACUCAUAAUUAAAUGGAGGUUAUUUGAUGUUGCUUAGUUAAAGUCACCAAGAUAAAUGUCUUAAUUAUAUUCCAACAUUUUGUGUCAUAAAUAAGAUUUUUUCCCCCAGAAAAUAGCAUUAUUACAGUCACUUCUUGUGUCACUUGUAAUCUACAGUACUGUAGCCUUUAAAAUAGUUAAAAAUGUUUUAUACAUGAAAAGAAAAUUUUAAAUUGAAUUACAUUGCACUACUAUCAUUAAUGUUAUUCUGUAUAUUGACAAGCACUUCACUCCGAAUAAGAUGCUAAAUACAUAUUUUGAUAUGUUUCGGCCUAUUAAUUGUGGUAUUUUAAUCAUUUUCUUUUUCCGUUUGAUGGGGAUGAAAUGUCUAUGUGCUUUUUAACAUUUUAAUAACAAUAAUAGUUAAGAAAAAAGGUCCAAAGCUCGAAAUUAAAAUUAAAACUCAGGAAAUAUUGCAUUAAGUGAACCCAAAAUAACAUGCAAAAAUACCUGGUAGUAUGUUCUAAAGCAAUAAUAAUGAU